AUGACUUCAGGAGUCUAUAGCAAAAAUGAAUAUUUGGAACAACGAAGUUGGUCGCCAUCACAGUCACCGUUGCGAACAACAGCCCCUUUUACGUUUAAAUACACAACUUUCGACGAGGACGAUGAAGCCGAGUAUCUGAAAAAAGAAGAGGAAGAAAAAGCAACUCUUGAAGCACAAUAUGCACCGGGAAAAAUUCCGGAAAUUGCCAUUCAACUUGUAGACGAUCCUAAUGCGAACCAGGAGGAAAAUGAUAAUCAUAUUUAUAGUCCAGUCCCGGAGCCACCUACGACCCCUCCUCCUCCGCUUCCAGCUAUCGGACCACCACUGAUAUUAUAUUCUGAAAAACCUGACCACGAAGGUUUUGACGAUGUGAAGAAAGUUGCUGUAGAAGAAACACGAAAUGCGCAAAUUACAAGCGAUGAAAAAGUGGAGGAACAAAAAAGUGGUGGCUCAGAACCAUCUGUAGCUCAUGGUCUAAAUGUUUAUGAGGAUCCUAUUGAAGUUGUCCCAGUUGCCAAAGACGAACAAAUCAAGUGGGAACAGGGCCUGAGUUCUUCGGUUAUCCGAAAAAUGAGUCGGAGCAACAAAUGGCUACCCAUAGACAAAGAGGAUGAGGAUCUUCGACAACGCGUUGAAGCUUAUCGGGCUAAACCGCAUAUUUUACCUCUCAAAGACGACGACGAAGACAGUAUUUUUCAAAAAUUCGGAAAAUUUACAAAUGCUUCGUCAACGACUAGUACCCCAGUAACGGAAACAGACAAUUCUCCAUUAUCAGGCAGUCCAGCAUUGCCUACUUCGCCACCUCCGAAAUUACAGCCCUAUUCCCCAUACCACAUCCCAGUGACUAGAACAUUUAAGUCGCAUGAAAAUUCCUCCCCGUCUCAACCUCCAGAAAAUUCCUCACUAAAAAGCAGAACAGAAUCCAUUUUUGAACAAGUAAAACCUACUAAGGAAGAAGUUUCAAAAGUACCGACUGCACUUUCCUAUCCGAAUCAGAAACCAUCGGUGGCAGAAGAAGUGAGUUGGAAAAGAGCACCAAAUCAACUAUCUUUUCCGGACUCGCCUUUAUCUCCCAAUGCUCUAGCAUCCCCAGUGCGUAGGCCAGAUUCUGCGCCACCACAGAUGGUUGGAAUUAGCAAUAAAUUCUUCCUACUCGACGACCAAGCAGAACUAAAACCAACAAAAGUCGUUCGGCACUCCUAUUUUGGACCGAAACCAGCACCAAAAGAUGUGAAAGAUGGUCCAUCGAUACAUCACCACUAUAUUCCACUACCACUUGCGAACUUCAAUAAACCAACUCGGAGAAAUACAAUCUCAGAAAAUAGAGUUAACACUAGUCCGCACCCAAAAUCGCGACGAGCCACCGAAUACGUCCAGUUGGGCGCAGGUGGAUUCAGCAACACUUGGUCACCUUCACACAAAACCGUUACAGAACCUUCUCCAAUUACCGAACAGUAA